AUGGAUUCUCUACUCCACGUCCUGCUUUCUGCCUGUCUUGCCUUGACGCUCUCAGAAGGGUUUCUGAUUAUCCAUGUCCAGAAACAGCAGUGCCUUUCAGAAAAGAGAGGAGUCGUGGUGGAAAAGUGCAACCUGAGCAGCCUCAACCAGCAGUGGCAGUGGACGGCAGAGGACAGGCUCCUGCACCUGAAAUCCGCUCGCUGCCUGAGCAUCUCCACCCGCUCCGCCCUCUCCUCCCGCAGCAUCGUCGUCGACUGUCCCCAGGCGGUCAGGUGGAGCUGCCAGGAGGAGGAUGGGCUCCUGAAGGUGGCCAACAGCUCUCUCUUCCUCACAAAGCAAGGUCAGAAGGUGAUGGCCAAGCAGAGCAAGAAAUACCUCCAUAGCUGGAUGCAGCUGGAAGCCAGCGAGACGGGAAAACCUGUGUAUGUCAAUCUGUGCUCAAAGCAAGAUCUGGAAGAUGCAGACACCUCUGUAUGGAGCACCAGAACUACAUCCCCCUCUUUAAACACCGCUACCUCUAGACCUGAAUACCUGCUGAAGAGCAGCACAGAGGUGUUCAUCAGAAAUGAGACUGAACACCUCAGUGAAAAGCUCUCCUUUGACUUGAACACUGCACUAACAGAGAGCACCUGGCCUCCAGGAACUACUCCUCAGUACUCCAGCACUACAGAAGAGGCUGCGCCGGGGGCAGAGCGGCGAUGCAGCGCCAACCUGACGGAGCAGUUGGUCGUCGGGCAGAGCGUCCGGCUGCGGUGGGGCGCCGCGGGCAGCGCCUGCAACUUCAGCGUGACCGGGCGCUCGCAGGAGGGGGAGGCGGCCGGCUGCCGGCCUGCCGCCGCGGGCAACGGCUCCUACGGCUGCGCCCUGCGGGACCUGGAGGCCGGGACCUGGUACCACCUCCGCAUCGAGCCGCUCGCCGACGGGGAAGUCGUCAACGUCUCCGUGCUGACAGAUCCUUUACCACCACUUCGUUUUGAAAUCAGUAAGGAGAAAACUACACUCACAAGCUUGCAGGUUCAGUGGGAUCCUUCCUCAGGAAAGGUGGACCUGUAUCACCUAGCAUUAUUUGAUCAGGAUAAUAAAAAGCUUCAAGAAGUCUCCAUACCAGGAAGAAGUUCAAACCUGGAAAAUGCUUUUUCCAGCCUCAUCCCUGGGAAUAAAUACAGCAUUGUCCUCAGUGCAGUCGCUGGAAAUAAGAGCACCCCAGAGCUCCGCAUCAGUGGAUCUACAGUACCAUCCCCUGUGAAAAACAUCCAGGUCAGUGUCAAGACAGACACCAUCCAUGCCUCGUGGUCUCCUGGCUUUGGACAUGUGGAUCGCUACAGGCUGCUGUUACUGGAUAACCAGGUCCUGGUUCGCGAGGAUCAGCAAGAGCAUCCUCUGACCUCCUACACGUUUGCAGGACUUACAGCAGGCCACCUGUAUAACCUUUCAGUCAUAGCUCAUGCUGCAGGUUUGGAGAGCAGCAGUUCUCAAGCAGUCAGGACAGCCCCAGCUGAAGUCUUAGAUUUGACGGUGACUAACGAUGGCAGCCUAGAUACUUUAAAAGUGAAGUGGAAAAGACCUCCAGGAGACCUCAGCUUCUAUAACAUCACUCUGUCUCAUCUUGGAUCAGUUGAAGCUGUGAGAAGUUUGGAGGCAGCAGUCACAGAGACUCGCUUUGAGAAGCUGACUCCAGGACGGCUCUAUCAGGUCACUGCCCGCACAGUCAGCGGAGAGCUGUUUGCUGACCGGGUGGCGGACGGCAGGACACUGCCCCAGCAGGUGUCGGAGCUGAAGGCGGGCGGCGGCGGCUGGCUGGGGUCCCUGCGAGUGCGGUGGCUGCCGCCUAGCGGCGACUGGGAGAACUACCGCCUGCUCCUCUGGAACCGCUCCGCCCUGCUGCUCAACGCCACCCUGCGCAAGGACACCACCGAGUACCUCAUCCACGACCUGGGCCUCAUCCCGGGCAGGCAGUAUGAUGUGGACGUCGUCGUAGAGAGCGGCGGUUUGCAGAGCAGGGCGAGCUGCACGGGGAGAACAGCUCCAGAGGCUGUUCUCCAGCUCCGUGUGAAGCACGCUAAUGAAUCCUCCCUCAGCGUCAUGUGGAUGACCCCCGUGGCAGAGUGGGACAGCUACGUGGUCUCACUGGGGGACAGGGAACUCACUAUCAUUAAAAAAGGCCUGGCAAAAGAAGCUAAGGAAUUCACCUUCACCGGCUUGGUACCUGGAAGGAAGUACACAGCUACCAUCACUACCAUCAGUGGGAUUUUAAGCAACUGGACUUCAGUGGAAGGGAGAACAGUGCCAGCCCAAGUGAGUGAGCUGACUGUGGAAAGUCAGGGAUCGACCAACAGCUUGUUCACCAACUGGACGACAGCGCUGGGGGACGUAGACUCCUACCAAGUGCUACUGAUCCAUGAGAAUGUUGUCAUUAAGAAUGAGACUGUGCCCAGUGAAACCAAUGGAUACCACUUCUAUGCCCUGAAACCUGGAGGGCUCUAUUCAGUUGUUGUCACCACUGUCAGCGGGGGGAUAGCUUCAAGGCAGAAGAUCGCAGAGGGGAGGACAGUUCCUUCCAGCGUGACUGGAGUCACAGUGAAUAACUCAGGUCGCAGUGACUACCUCAGCGUUUCUUGGCUGCCAGCUGCUGGAGACGUAGACAACUACUUGGUGACCCUCUCUCAUGAUGGUCAGAUUGUGCAGACUCUCACCUUUUCCAAGUCCUUUAGUGAGUGCUCCUUCAGCAGCCUUACUCCUGGAAUGCUCUACAAUGUGACCAUCACCACAAAGAGCGGCAAGUAUGAAAACUACUUCUUCAGCCAGGAGCGAACAGUCCCUUCCAGCGUUCAGGGACUUACGGUCAGCAAUUCAGCCAGAAGUGACUACUUGAAGGUGUCCUGGUUGCAUGCCUCUGGAUAUUUUGAUGAUUACCAAGUGGUCAUCAAGAACAACCAUGAUUUCAUCCAGACCAAAAGUGUCCCCAAGGAUGAAAAUGAAUGUGUGUUCACUAACCUGGUCCCAGGGAGGCAGUACAGUGUCACGGUCAGCACGAGGAGUGGCAAAUAUGAAACUAGUGAAAGGGUCUAUGGCAGAACAAUGCCCGAGUCGGUGAAGGAACUAACUCUUAGCAACAGGAGCACAGAAGAUUUGCAAGUGACUUGGUCAAAGGCUGAGGGGGAUGUUGAUAAAUACGAGAUUCAACUCCUCUUCAAUGAUAUGAAGAUCUUCCCACCCAUUUUCCUCGGGAACACUGCUGAGGAGUGCUGGUUCACAGCUCUGACUCCAGGACGUCUGUACAAGAUCCUUGUCUUGACCAUCAGUGGAGAUGCACAACGUGCUACCUUCAUUGAAGGCCUGACAAUUCCGAGUGCAGUUAGAAACAUUCACCUGUCGCCUGAUGGCAUGACAAACAGCCUGAGGGUGAGCUGGACCCCUGGGAGUGGAGAUGUUGAUUCCUACACAGUGACUCUGUUUCAGCAGAACCGUCAGCUUGAUUCCCAGAGUGUGUCCAAGCACACCUCUGAGCACACGUUUCACAAGCUGGAAGCUGGGGAGCAGUACCAGGUGGUGGUGCAGUCUAACAGCGGCACCUUGAACAACAGCCUGGCAGCUCUGGGGAGAACAGUUCCAGCCUCUGUCCAGGAAUUAGUAGCCCAUCAUGCUUACAGCAGUCAUUCCUUGCUAGUAACCUGGCAGAGAGCUCCUGGUGUGGCAGAAAGAUAUGACAUUCUGCUCUUGAAUGAGGAAGGGGUCCUCCUGAGCAACAAGUCAGAGCCAGCCACUGCCAAACAGCACAAAUUUGAAGAUUUGUUAGCUGGCAAGAAGUACAAAAUCCAGGUUUUGACAGUCAGUGGUGGGCUCUUCAGCAAGCGAGCAGAAACUGUUGGCCGAACGGUCCCUGCAGCCGUCACCAACCUGAGGGUCACGGAGAACACCACUGACCGACUCUCCUUCAGCUGGACCACCUCUCAGGGGGAGCUUGAUUCCUAUGACAUCUUCCUGUACAACCCAGACAAGUCCCUUCACGACAGGAUCUCAGGAGAGCAGCAGCUGCAGCAGUGCUCGUUCCAGAACCUGCGGCAGGGCAGGUUGUAUCGCAUGGUGAUCGUCACCCACAGCGGGGACCUCACGAAUGAGUCCUCUGUCUUUGGAAGGACAGUGCCAGCUCCAGUUGUCAGCCUCAAGGCGUCCAACCGCAACAUGACCGACAGCCUGUGGUUCACCUGGGCUCCAGCAGCAGGAGAUGUUGACUUCUACGAGCUGAAUCUGUACAACCCAAACGGGACACAGAAAGAAACGUGGCAGAGGAAAGACCUGAGAGAGUGGCAUUUCCAGGGGCUCGUUCCUGGCAGAAAGUACACUCUGGUUGUGGUGACCCACAGCGGUGACCUGACCAACGCAGCCAAUGCUGAGGGAAGAACAGCACCCAGCCCUCCCAACGCCGUGUCCUUCACUGAUGUGGCAAACACCUCCUUAUCAGUCACUUGGCUGGGUCCUCCAGACUGGACAGACUACGAUGAUUUUGAGGUGCAGUGGCUUCCAAAGGAUCCCCUCACAGUGUUCAACCCCUACAGCAGCAGCAGGUCGAAAGUCCGCAUCAUUUACGGCCUGCGCCCGGGCAGGCUCUACGAGUUCAGCGUCAGGACCGUCAGUGGGGACAGCUGGAAGACAUACAGCCAGCCCCAGGCUGCAAGUGUCAGAACCAAGCCGGACAAGAUCCAAAGCCUUCACUGCCGGCCCCAGACGUCCACUGCCAUUGCGUGCUCCUGGACCCCUCCUGACUCUGACUUCGAUGGGUACAGCGUCGAGUGCAAGAAGAUGGACACUCGGGAGGUGGAGUUCUCUAAAAGGAUAGAAAAAGACAAAUCUCUGCUGAACAUCAUGACCCUGGUUCCCCACAAGCGCUACCUGGUGUCCAUCAAGGUGCAUUCUGCAGACAUGACGAGUGAGGUGGUGCAGGACAGCACCAUCACCAUGAUUGACCGUCCCCCCCAGCCACCUCCAGACAUACGAGUGAACAAAAAAGAGGUGCUCAUUACCAAGUCCUCCAUCAACUUUACUUUUAACUGCAGCUGGUUUAGUGAUACUAAUGGAGCUGUGAAGUACUUUACUGUGGUUGUGAGAGAGGCUGAUGGUAGCGAAGGAGCAAAGCCUGAUGAGCAGCACCCAUUACCUUCCUACCUGGAGUACAAACACAACGACUCCAUACGCAUCUACCAGACAAACUAUUUUGCCAGCAGCUGCACUGAGAACCCUGACAGUGACUUUAAAAGCUUUGCCAUUAACCUUGGAGGAGAAAUGGAAAACCUCGGGGGACGCUGCGAUCCGGACCAGCAGAGGUUCUGCGAUGGACCUCUGAAGCCUCGGACUGCUUACAGGAUCAGCAUCCGAGCCUUCACCCAGCUCUUCAGUGAAGACCCAAAGGAUCUCCCUAAACCGCUCUUUGCCGACACCUUCUUCUCUUUACCCAUCACAACAGAGGCAGAGCCUCUGUUUGGAGUGAUUGAAGGUGUGAGCGCAGGCUUGUUUCUGAUCGUGAUGCUAGUGGCUGUUACUGCCUUGUUUGUCUGCAGACAGAAGGUUGGCAGUGGCCACGAGAGACCUACAGCGAGGCUGAGCAUUCGCAGGGACAGGCCACUCGCGGUCCACCUGAACCUGGGCCAGAAAGGGAGCCGCAAGACAUCCAGUCCCAUCAAAGUCACCCAUUUUGAAGCACACUUCACCAAACUGCAAGCGGACUCCAACUACCUCCUGUCCAAGGAGUAUGAGGACUUGAAAGAUGUGGGUCGAAGCCAGACCUGUGACAUAGCACUUCUGCCAGAGAACAGAGGGAAAAAUCGAUACAAUAAUAUAUUGCCCUAUGAUACAUCAAGAGUGAAGCUUUCCAAUGUGGAUGAUGACCCUUGCUCAGACUACAUUAAUGCAAGCUACAUACCAGGCAACAAUUUCCGCAGGGAAUACAUAGCGACUCAGGGCCCUUUGCCUGGCACCAAAGAUGAGUUCUGGAAGAUGGCAUGGGAGCAAAAUGUUCAUAACAUUGUCAUGGUAACCCAGUGUGUGGAGAAGGGCAGGGUGAAGUGUGAUCACUACUGGCCCCUUGACCAGGAUUCCUUGUACUAUGGAGACCUGAUCGUUGAGAUGCUGUCUGAAUCAGUGCUCCCAGAGUGGACAAUAAGGGAGUUUAAAAUCUGCAGUGAAGAGCAGCUUGACUCAACGAGGCUCAUUCGCCACUUCCACUACACUGUCUGGCCGGAUCAUGGUGUGCCAGAGACCACCCAGUCCCUGAUCCAGUUUGUGAGAACUGUGAGGGAUUACAUCAACAGGACCCCAGACACAGGACCAACAAUAGUGCACUGCAGUGCUGGUGUUGGCAGGACUGGCACAUUCAUUGCCCUGGACAGAAUUCUGCAGCAGCUGGAUUCAAAGGACAGCGUUGACAUUUACGCAGCAGUACAUGACCUGAGGCUUCACCGGGUUCACAUGGUUCAGACAGAGUGCCAGUAUGUGUAUCUGCACCAGUGCGUGAGGGAUGUGCUGAGAGCCAGGAAGCUGCGCAGCGAACAGGAGAAUCCUCUCUUUCCCAUAUAUGAAAAUGUGAAUCCAGACUAUCCCAGAGAUGCUGUUUAUUCAAGGCACUAAGAAUGUUGCAGAGACCUGCUUGUGUGACCCCUGUUGUUACCUCGGGGGGGCCAGGAGAGGUCAGUUUGAGGGUUGGGGGUUGUUACUGUUGAUGCCUGUGUUUGAUGCACUAGAAAGGUGCCAGACCUUUCUGUUGAGACUGUUUAUAAUUUAUUGGUCUGGUGAUUCAUGGGUUUAGUUGGUUUUUUUUUUUCCCCAGCAGAGAUCUUAAUUUAAGUGUAAUGGAUAUUAAUGUAUAUAUAAUUAAUUGUAUUUUGGCCUUAUGUAAAUAUGUAUUUUUUUUGGGGGAGGGGGGUUCUAGAUAUGUUUAUAUUAAUAUGAAGCUUCAAAUAAUACUUUUUUUUUCCCCUUAAUAUAGUUGUUUUUUUUUUUUAAUGGAUUAUUCCACAUAAACUAUUUUAAAUUGUAUGGCUUAACAGGAGCAAAAAAAAACCCAGACUCAAUGAGGGAAAAUAAACCCCUCAUUUUCCUCUUUUGGACUGUUCACUGUUUGUGAGGUGAAAUAAGCUACUAUGAAAGCAAGGGGAACAGUAGUCCUGUGUAGAAAUUAAGAUGCUACUCUCUAACACUUCAAAACUUCCUGGUUUUGACCUGAUGGAAGCAGGUCUGACCCAUAGGACAAUGGCAAUGCCUUCUACAGAGCUCAUCAGAGCUGGCUCCAGCUCACUAGGAGCAGCUGUUUCAGUAGGUCUAACAGAGAAAAAUGUCAAACCAUGUACACUGCUGUGAAGUCAAGCAAGGCCUUGCCCCAACAUGCUUUGAGUGGAGACAGGUCCUAUUCUGAGUGCUUUGCACUGGUUUAAGAGGGCAGAAUCAGACCACAGCCUGUGUCUGUGCAGUGUUGUCAUUGCAGAGUGUGGGAGUGUGGAGCAGUUCUGUUACAAAUACACCCAACUAUGUGAGGGCCAAAAUGCAUUCUUCUUUGCUGCUCCUGAGCUGAUGCAAUCAGAGAAUUGUCAGGAUUGGAAGGGACCUCAAGCAUCAUCUAGCUCCAGCU